CUUACCAAACUUCAUUUCAUAUAUAAACUUUUGAAUUCAAUCUUCUUUUUGAUCAAAAAUUGCCCAAAAAAACUUUCAAGUUUGUGUUUGUCUCAUUCAUCUUUCUUUUGAUAAAAACUACAUAGAAAAUGGGUUGGAAAGCAUGGAAAAAGAAGGUAAAUUUUGCCAAAUUUGAGAUCAUUGAUCAAUUUAUUAUUGUACAACUAUUUUAUGUGAUUUCAAUAACUCUUCUAAGUCUUCUUUUACCUUUAUCAUUUCUUCUUUUAGCUAGACUUUCUAGUGCUCAUUAUUUUUUAUCAUUAGCCUCAUUAUCUCCACCUAAAUCCUAUCUUUUCUCAAUUUUUCUAAACACAAAUCCUAACCUCCUACAUGCCCUUUUAUCUUUAAUUACCCUUGCAACAUUAAUCCACGCGUUAACUGGUCGGAUUAGUCUAAUAACUGAGCACCCAAGCCCUAUUUUUAGGCCCCGGCUCCAUGCAGCGUGGAUCUUCCUAUGCACUUUACAAGUGUGUGUAGGGUUAGGGAUUGAGGCUACAAUUAAGGCGGAGUUUGAUGGGGCCGGAUUUGGAUAUAAAAAGUCAACGUUAAGUAAAUUGAUUUUCUUUUUGGGCCUACAUGAGACCAUGAUCCAUUGGGCUAGGACAAUAGUCCGACCCGUUGUGGAUGAUACUAUAUUUGGUGGGACCCAAGAGGAGAAGUUGGUGGAAAGGUGGGCCCUCGCAGCGCUUUUCGGGGCCUUGUCAUGGUGGAGAUUGAGAGAUGAGGUGGAGUCAUUGGUGGUUGUGGUGGAGAUUAAGAGGGAAAUGUUAAUGAAUGUUGGUUUAGGUGAUUUUAUUGGGUUAUGUUUGUAUUAUUUGACUGUUGCAAUUGGGAUGGCCAGAAUAAUUAAAGCAAUUUUGUGGAUAAGUAUGAUUAUAUUUAAUAGGAGGGAAAUUGAAGAUCAACAUCAUUAUAAUAUUCAGAUUAUUAGGGAUGAAGAUGAUAAAGUUUGAUGUACUUUAAUUGUAUAUUAGUAUUUCUAAGACUAAUUUUUUUUUUCUCAUUUAAAGUUUUAUUCGUAUGAUUCUCAAUCUGUAAGAAUUAUUUUUUUUACAAUUUACUAUUUAAAACAAUUGUAAAUG